CAUAGCUCCCAUUCCCAAGCGGAACAGCACGACGGACUCCCACAACCUCCAACAACAUACAACAUGCGCUUUCAUACCGCAAAGCAAGAGAUCGACUGGUUCAUCGGUUGGCCCUUCGAUGUCGAAUAAGAAUGACCGCUUCAACGCCUACGUCCCUCUUGAGCAGGAUAUUGACUGCGAGAAGGAGUUCCUUUGGCGAGAAACGGAGUUGUUUCUACUGGCUUAUUGCGCAUUGAUUAAGGCGGCAGCGAGUGCGACAAAUUCAUCUUUUGAAAAGCAUCUUUGUUUCUGUUCGACACGCGUCGUCACCAAGGGGGAAUGGGUCAAAGAUGUGCUUCAGGAUGAAAAUAGGGAAGGUCUAAAUUUGUCUCUGUACCAGCAGAGAGGGACGAACAUCAGCGAGAUGCCUUGUUCUCGAGUAUAAUACGCACAAUACCGAAAGCUCGGAUCCGUGCACAUGGUCAAGCAUUGCAGAGAAUGUCAAGGCGGGAGCUUCGAAACGGUGCGAAGAUGGCGUUGAACCAAUGUUAUGAAGUGCGACUUCUAGCUAUAGUAGUACCUCAUGUAGGCUUUGCUGCUUCUACCAUUUCUUCGUUCGCAUCAUAUCAGAUCGAGAUCUCCAAGUCAGCACCACUUCUGCUUCUCUGUCCUCCUCUUCUUUGACUUCGCUCUUCUAAUCUUCUCUCCUUUUAGCCACACGUUGGCCUUGGGUUGCGGCUGCUCCUACCGUGAAGGAAGAAACACGGUUGUCCAAACUAAUGAAGGAAAGAAACGACGACGACGACGAUGACCAGGAUAUGGCAAAUAUUGAUGCUGUUUUAGCAACGGUUUCCUUCGGCAAAGAUGAUGAUGAUGAUGAUAAAGGAGAUGAUGAAGGAAAUAACAGCAACUACGCGCAGAACUUUCCUACUGCUUCACCUGCUUCACCACCUGCGCCCCAAGACCCACCGGCGCAGGUUGCAACUCCUGCAGCGACGCCAGCACCAGCAACAGCAGUAGCAGCCAGUGCCUCUGAAUCAAAACCCGCUGCGACGACAGGUAAUCAACCGCAGAGUUUAGAAGAUGUGGGAGUUGGAUCUGGACAAAUGAUCAGUGUUUUGGAACAGGUGUCAAAAUCCCGCCAGUUGGACCAAUUUAUCAAAGAUCACACGCCCUUUUUGAGGAGAGUGAUGACGGCCGUAACGAAAGAUGAACUUGAACCCGAAGGCCGCCUUCUGCGAGUACCUCCUUACUGCUUGGACAAGCAUACGAGGCGUGG